AUGUCGUCUAUCAUUCUUAGCGUUCCACGUAUCGUUCUUACAAUCGAGUAUUUCAUCGGCGGCUGGCCCAGGAUCAGCUCCUGGCCAUUCAAAUCCCUCCACGAAAGAAUCUACCGAAAGUCUCAGAUCACAGCGCCGCAUCUUCAUCCGGUGUAUCCCUUUACUGAUCCUCGGACCACCAAGCUACACAUGCAAUACAUCGGGGUGUUGAUGGUCAUGGAGGGGUUCUUGUUGGGUUUUCCAUGGACACGAGCGUCUGCCGUCACUCUCUUCCUCGGCUGUUUCCUGACAAGUUCAGGGUAUUGGAGCCAGAUGAGGGCGGGAAUGCCUUACUGGCUUCCGGUAACAAACUUCAUAUUGGCAUGGAUAGUCUGGUUCAUCGAGACAAGAUAUUCAAGGGGUAACUAA